AUGAGUACUAAUAGUAAAGAAUUUGAGAUAAUCUCAUGUGGUGAUGAGAUUAUUAAAGAUGAACAUGUUGUGGUAGAAGACCAAAGUAAUUUGAAGCAACCUUUGUGUAAUAGUCCUGUGGAACCAUGUCUUGGUAUGAAAUUUGAUGAAUUAGAAGAUGCUCAUGCAUGUUACAAUACUUAUGCAAGGCGAGUAGGUUUUAACAUUCGCAAAAAUCAUACUCGACUAUCGAAGGAUAAGUCAUUAAUUGCAUUGGAAUAUAUUUGUUUAAGGGAAGGGUUUCGUUAUAAAAAUUGUCAAAAUAAAAUUUAUACAAAGUCGGAGCCUGCAGAAACAAGGGUAGGAUGUAAAGCAUUUAUGGGUUUGAAGAAAGUGGAGUCAAGAUGGAUUGCAUGUAAGCUUGUAAUUAAACAUAACCAUGACCUCCUUUGUCCUAGAUGUACAAGUUUGCUUCGUGGACAUAGAGUGGUAACAAGUGCCCAAAAGAGUCUUAUAGAUAAACUCAAUGAGUACGGUGUAGCUUCACGGAAGAUAAUGUCGGUGUUCAGCAAAGAAUCUGGUGGUGAUCAUAAUGUUAGUUGUAUUGCUAAAGAUGUUCAAAAUUACUUGAGCAAUAAAAGAAGACUUAUUUUUGGAAAGGGAGAUGCACAAAAAUUGUACAAUUAUUUUCUCGAGAGACAAAUCAAAAACCCGGGUUUUGUUUAUGCAAUCCAAGUGGAUGAAAAUGGAUGCAUGGGCAAUUUCUUUUGGGCAGAUGCUAGAUCACGAGCUGUAUAUCAAUAUUUUGGAGAUGUUGUUACUUUUGAUGCUACUUGA